AUGGAACGAGUACACAUGGACAUCUUAGGGCCUCUUCCUGUUACGAAAACGGAAAGUAAAUAUUUGCUUAUGGUAAUUGAUCAGUAUACAAAGUGGUUAGAAUGCUUCCCAAUUGCAACACAGACAGCUGAAGUUGUGGCAAGAACCCUGGUGGAUCAUUUCUUUUCUAGAUUUGGCUGUCCGAUUGAACUCCACACAGACCAAGGAAAAAACAUGGAUGGAAACUUAGUAAGACAACUCUGUGAACUACUACAAAUAGCCAAGACUAGAACCACACCAUAUCAUCCGUCAUCUAAUGGACAAGUGGAACGGUAUAACAGGACAAUACUACAGACAAUAAGAUGUUUCAUCAAAAGUAAACAACACAACUGGGAUUUAUUUUUACAACAACUAGUUGGAGCUGUCCGAGCAACACGCAAAUCGCAAACAGGAUUCUCUGCUAACAUGAUGACGCUGGGAAGAGAAGUUUUUCAACCAAUUGAUGUAAUUUUAGGCACUUCAAACUGGAAUGCUGACAGAAAAGAAGUUCCACAAUAUAUUAAGGAUCUAGUGGAGAAUUUAAACAGGGUGCAUGACAUCGCCAGAGAUAAUUUCAAGGCUUCACAGGAACGACAAAAAGGCAUAUAUGAUUUGAAAUAUAACCAGAAUAAGUAUAAUGUUGGAGAUGUCGUUUAUAAACUGUAUCAAGCUAGGUGGGACAGUCUGCCAAAUUGA